AUGAUAAAAGAUUGGAGCAACUGGAGUGAAUGUUCAGAUUCAUGCGGUGGAUGUGGCAUACAAAACCGUACGCUAAUCUUUCCAAAUGGUACGCAUAUUGUACACGUCCGCCACUGUAACCUGAAACCAUGUAUGGAUGAAGAGGAACUGUGCUGUGAACCAUUUAAAUUCAUAAAUGGAAAAUGCUUGGUACCGGAAAAAAUUCAAAAUAAAACAAAAACCGAUGAUUUAGAAGACCAGAAAAAGGAAGCAGUAGAUGCUUGGAGAAGUAUUAAAGAAGAUGACCAGUCGAAAUUUAAUAAUUCAAAAGAUCAAAGGGAGGAAGCGCUACGUGCUUGGGAAAGUAUUAAGGAAGAUGACAAGUCAAAAUUUGACAAUUCACAAGAUCAAAGAGAGGAAGCAAUACUUGCCUGGAAAAAUAUUAAAGAUGACAAGCCCAAAUAUGAUGAUUCACAGGAUGAAAAAAUGGAAGUGUUACGUGCUUGGAAAAGUAUUAAAGGAAUAGAACUUUCCAGCAAUAAUAAAUUCGGAAAUACAAAUUCGGAAGAAACUGAUACACUUUUCAAUAUGACCCAUAGACUAAACGAUACCAAAAAUGGUGAUCUCAUUGAAGGCAGUGGAGAAAUUGAUAAUGAAAUGGAUAGCAAAACAAAUAACACUGAAAUUAUUAAAUUCGGUAUUGAAAAUUGGGAUGCGCCACACGAUUUAAAAAAGAAAAACAAAAGUGGCAGAAAAGGUCAUGAUCGGAAGAAUUACAAACAACGACAAAGACGUAAUCGACAGCACCUGCCACGAACGGUAUCAAACCCACAAAAUGCUCAAAAAUCAGGCAAAUCACAAAAAAUGUUUGAUGAAACAUACGAAUAUGACUACUAUGAUUACUAUUACUAUUAUUAA